GUUGCUAGCUUAAAUAGCCAUUAAGUGGCCGAGUUAUAAGAGUGAAUCCGUGUUGAAUUGCUCGCCUCUUGCCUUAUGUUAGCUUGUUUUUACAGUCUCGGGCCUACAGAGAAACAGAUUCAGUUGCGACACUGGAGGAAAGUUUGGGGAUAUUAGAUGAAUAUGAUAGUGAUUUUAACAUGGCUUAAACCCCUGGUGCAGCGAGGACACUCAAAAGGUUUUUGUCUAUCAGAGGCUCCAGGCAGCUGAAGUUUCGGUAGUAACUCGGGUAGAGACGGACACGCCCCUCGCCGGAUUUCUGUCCAAUCCCAGCGCGGCUGGGUCUGCUGCCGGCCAAUCACCGUAGCCAUGUAAAUCGCCUGGUCAACCCCGCUGUCUCGGGACAGUGUUAAUGUGAAGCUGCCAGAUUUAUCUGUCAGUUGCAGCCCUGUGGAGUACAGAUAAAGACAGCUCACCGAGUCGAGAAGGCACCAGCGGAGCUUGGCUGUUCGGCACUUUUUGCAACACGGUGGAAUUUGUUUUAAUGCACAACAUGACAUUUGAGGAACUAAGUGGGGAUUAUUCUCAAGAAAGAAUGGAUACAGUGGCGAAAGCCUUGGAAGAAGUCCUCACCUCUGCCUUGCCACAGGGCUGCAUUACGGUCGGGGUCUACGAGGCGGCCAAGUCCCUCAACGUAGACCCUGACAAUGUGGUGCUGUGCAUCUUGGCCACUGAUGAGGACGACGUUAAGGACGUGGCCCUGCAGAUCCACUUUACGCUCAUCCAGGCUUUCUGCUGCGAGAACGACAUCAACAUCCUGAGAGUGAACAACACCCACCGCCUGGCACAGAUCCUGGGAGGAGGGAAACAGAGUGGGGGUGAACCUAUGGACCUGCACUGCGUCCUUGUCACUAGCCCUCACUCCCCGUCGUGGAAGGACCCUGCUCUGAGCAAGCUCAGCCUGUUCUGCAGAGAGAGCCGCUGCAUGGAUCAGUGGGUUCCCAUCAUCAACCUACCGGAGCGAUGAAGCCCCCCGGAGCAGGAGACCUGUCCAGAAAGCAAUCAUAUCUGCGCAGGAAGCAUGCUUUAAACCCCGACUGACACAUGUCACCACCCAGAGAGCCAGUUCUGCUGCUCCGCCAGUUGGUGAGAGAGAAAAGGAAAAAAAAAAUUAAAAAAAAUAAAACAUGCUGUCAGCUUGAGAUGUGUUUCAAAGGAAAAUAAUAAGCGUAGGGUCGGAAUUUCCACUUCGAACUGGGUUUGUUUGGAGUUGCGUCCGUCGGCCUUUGCGAGCGAGAGGAGAGGAGAUGGCGAGGGACUUUAUUCGUCGGCAAGUGGAAUGGCGUGCCUUUCAUUGUCAAGGCCCGUGGCUGAACACAAGAACUGUGUGGCUUUGUUUGGGAAAGUCUCUGCGAUGACGAGUCAAAGACGUGUGGAGCAACCGGAGCGUGGACCAAGGCCUCCGUCUGUCUCUGCAGAAAUAAAGCACUUGUUGAAACACUGGACCUACUGCAGUUUAACUUAUUCAUUACAGUUGUUCAUGUUGAGGUUGAUGUUGUUAGAAUUUCAAAAGGGAAGGGCUACACAUCCAGGGAAGACAUUGUGUUUAAGUGUUUCUUCUGUAUCUAUAAAUACACCAGCUGGUUUUUUUUGCCACAAUGGAAGUAGUUCUUUUGUUCAAAUUUAAGUUAUUUCUAAUUAUAUUUAUACAUAUUUAUGUUAUUUUUUUACCUACUUGAAUGAUCUGAGUACCAGACAAAUGUUUUACUGUCAAUAAAAAGACCUUUUUUUGGAAACAGAA